AUCGACAUGGACGAAUACUGCCGCCGCCUUGGACCGCUAGGUGCCUAGUAGGUCGAUAGCCGGCGGCGGCUGCAAUCGAUCGGAAUCCUGUGGAGCGGGAACAGGACGCCGAUGCGCCGCCGCGCAUGACGCACGGAGACUCGCCGUGCACAGCCCAGCCCCGCCGCCCGCCCUUCUCUGGUGGUCCAGCUCCGGCGACCGUAUCUGAUCAGGCCGACGCCGGACGGCAACCGCACGCGCGACGUGGCUGUUGGCGCAGCCCGCACGUAGGACUAGAGAUCGGACUUGGACGGCGACUCGAUCUGUCCCACGCGAACACGGCCAUGCCCCGUCGCAAUAAUUAUUCAGAGCCACUCGGCUAGCCGCUCGCAGGUCGGAAAACAAGCACGCAUGGGAAGAGCAGGGGAGGAACCUCGGCCGGUGCCGCUUCUGCCGGUGCAGGAGCUCGCCGGCCGCCAGCAGGGCGCCGGCGACGACGUGCCGGCCCGGGACGUGCUGCACGAGUUCACCGCAGAAUGCACGAGACUGAAGAAUCGCCUCCUCCCGGAAAUGGCGAAGCUGCUGGAGCUUGACGACUACUACUUCGGUGACCAGUUCGGUGACAAGGCUGACACCUACGCAAGAUUCAGCUGCUACCCUCCGUGCCCGAGGCCGGAUCUCGUGUUCGGCCUCAAGCCUUACUCCGACGGCAGCUUCCUGACGCUUCUCAUGGUAGAUCGCAGCGUUGGUGGACUUCAGGGUCUCAGAGACGGAGUCUGGUACGGUGUGCCGACCAAACCUCACACCCUGCUCAUCAACCUAGGAGACCAAAUGGAGAUAAUGAGCAAUGGGAUCUUCAGGAGCCCAGUGCAUAGGGUUGUGACGAAUGCAGAGAAGGAGCGGCUGUCAGUGGCUCUGUUUUAUUCUAUAGAUCCUGAAAGAGAAAUCCAGCCCGCGGGUAAACUGAUAGAUGAGAACCAUCCAGCACUUUACAAGAAGGUGAAAAUCAAAGAAUAUAUUGCAGGGCUCUAUGAACACUUCUCUCAAGGAAAGAUGGUUAUCGAGACUGCAAAGAUAUAGAUAUAGUAUAUCUAUGUGGUAAUAAAAGUAAAUAAGGUCUUGAGUGGAAACUUGCAAUACGUCAAGUGGUGUUGAAUAACUUUUUUGUUAGAAAGUAAGGUGUGUUUAAGCCGUUGUGGCUGGCUUGCCUCAUCGUUAUUUGUUCUUUGUAAAAGAUAGAAGUGAAGCGCGUGAGAAUUAGACAGAACAUGACAGCAUGACAGCAUGGGUA